AUGAGAUGCACUCGAAAAAGAAACGAAAGGAAAGUGGAACAGCGACCUGGUAAUUCGGACACAGUUGUUCCUUUCUUAUUUUUCCGUUAAAAUUUCAUCUUCAAUCAAAUAUCAAUUCUUCUUCUCUCUAUGAAUGAAUCAUUUCAUCUUCUUAAUUCCUUCUAGUUAAUUACGAUGGAUUCGAGUUCGAAUCAGGAAUUCGAUUAUUUGUUCAAAUUAUUGAUGAUUGGUGAUUCCGGAGUUGGCAAGAGUAGUCUCCUCCUCUGUUUCACCGCUGAUGCUUUCGAAGAUCUUUCUCCUACAAUUGGUGUUGAUUUUAAGGUCAAAUAUGUCACUGUGGAAGGUAAAAAGUUGAAGCUUGCCAUUUGGGAUACAGCUGGUCAAGAGAGAUUCAGAACACUAACGAGUUCUUAUUACCGAGGUGCACAAGGGAUCAUUAUGGCUUAUGAUGUUACUCGGCGAGAUACAUUUACAAAUCUCUCUGAGGUAUGGGCUAAGGAAGUAGAACUUUAUUCAACAAAUCCGGAUUGCAUCAAGAUGCUUGUUGGAAAUAAAGUGGAUAAGGAGAGUGAUAGAGCUGUGACAAAGAAAGAGGGAACAGACUUUGCAAGGGAAUAUGGUUGCCUAUUUAUUGAAUGCAGUGCUAAAACUCGGGUUAACGUACAACAUUGCUUUGAAGAGCUUGUUUUGAAGAUUUUGGACACACCUAGCCUCUUAGCCGAGGGUUCGAAAGGGAACAAAAAGAACAUUUUUAAGGACAAGGCACUCCAGUCUGAUUCAUCCGCAAGUAGUUGUUGCUAAGAAGAGGCUAUUUCAGAUCAAAGUCAAAGCUCACUGCCUAUGAAGAUCUCAAAGAAAAGGACAUUGAAUCCAUUUUCAGAAUCAGAGUUCUAAGUUCUAACACACUCAUUGGUUAUUCAGCAGCAGCUGAAGUCUUGAAAAACAAAGAAUCCAGGUUCCUGAUUCGUCUGGAAUAUUUGUAAUAUAAUGAUCAUGGUUCCUUUUAUUUGUUUGAAUUUUAUUGUUAUUAUUCGCAUUUAAUAUAUUAAAGUGCAAGAAUCAUGUUAUGGAAUCCAACUCUAAUUGUAUACAGUGUCUGGACAAAGGUGUCGUGUAACUUUUUAUCUGUCUUAAAGAGCA